UGGUUGAGACCAGUGAUGAAAAAAGACAAGCAGGUGCUGGUGCACUGGGGCUUCUUUCCAGACAGCUAUGACACUUGGGUUCAUGCCAACGAAAUAGAUGCUGAAAUUGAGGAUCCUCCAAUUCCUGAAAAGCCGUGGAAGGUUCAUGCCAAGUGGAUUUUGGACACAGAUAUAUUCAACGAAUGGAUGAAUGAAGAGGAUUAUGAGGUGGAUGAGAACAGGAAAUCUGUGAGCUUUCGGCAGAGAAUCUCCAUGAAGAAUGAAGAGCCCGUGCGUAGUCCUGAGAGGAGAGACAGGAAAGCAGCAGCAAGCACACGGAAGAGAAAGCAUUCUCCUUCUCCACCCCCCACUCCUGUGGAGUCAAGAAAAAAAUCAGGGAAGAAAGGACAAGCAACCAUAUAUGGGAAAAGGAGGGGGCAGAAGGAAGAAGAUGAGCAAGAAGAUCUUACAAAGGACAUGGAGGAUCCCACGCCAGUACCUAACAUAGAAGAAGUGGUACUUCCCAAAAAUGUGAACCCAAAGAAAGACAGCGAGAACACGCCUGUGAAAGGAGGAACAGUGGCAGACCUUGAUGAACAGGAUGAGGAGACAGUGGCGACUGGAGGAAAGGAGGAUGAAGAUCCUAACAAAGGUGACCAGAGCCGAUCGAUGGAUCCAGGUGAAGAUAACGUCACAGAACAAACCAACCACAUCAUCAUUCCCAGCUAUGCGUCUUGGUUUGACUACAACUGCAGCAGCAGGAGCUGUACUGGUGCUCCUGAGAGCUUCAUCAGCUCGUGAAGCACAGCUACAGGACUGACACAGAAGGUGCAAAGAAACAGAAGGAACUUCUCCUUGGCUCAGAUGUACCCGUGCCUACCUUGUGAAAGGGGACCUCAAAGCAUCUGUGAUGCAAAAAAGGCUUUGGUUUGAGAUUCUCCAAAUCAGAGACGUCCGGCACAUGGAGCUGACUUUGGCUGGAGGCUGAAAUAGCUGCACAGCUGUGAGGCUGACGUGUUUCUGUCCCUGAGCUCUGCCUCCAUCCAGAGAGGUUCCUGCAGUCCUGGAGAGCAGCAGAGCUCAGCUGUGGCUGCUGCUGCUGUGCCAGAAGGUCACUUUUGGCUCAUGUCAAUGCACACAGACUGCUGCAGCCCUCCCACAUUGCAAACACUGCUGCUGGUUUGAAGCAAAUGGAAGAAUAAUUCUAACCUCCUUCUCCUGAAGUGCAUUCCAAGCUGCUGUUUCACAGCAUUC